ACAAACGAUCAUAUUUGUUAUGAACUACGACAACAAAACUUUCUUAUUUCUGUAGCCUGUGAGCCAAAUGGUUUUGCUUGAUAUUGAACGGGUUGUAGCAAUGCACAAUGUACAUACUGUAAAUUGAUUUCGUACUUCGAAGCCUCUUUAACUCGAACCACGUAUGAUGUCGGCUACUGCAAUAAAAACAAUGAUAUAAUCAACGUAUGACAUCAGAAACCAUACUAUAGAGCUUGGUUUUAUAACAAGAAUAGUAGAACGUGUGUCAAAACUAGCGUUGUUCCAGGUUGUAGUUGAUACGUAUUUCUUGAGUGGUAUUUCAAUUCUGUGUUAUUAAGAUACUUGUAUUAUCCAACACCUUUCUGUUCAGCAGUUGUCAGUUUUGAUGAGCGUGGUACUGGCGUGGUCAGGGGUGUCUUGUCUGCGGAUGAGAGACCCCUACUAUGACGGAGAACCGCGCCAACUAGAGGACCAUCCCUCGCCAUUUCAACCCUCUGAGCACGGCUACCAGUUCAGCAGCUUCAGAGGUCCGGUCUCUGGAAACAUCCGGGAGAUAUCGGUCCCCUACGUGGAACCCCCCGGUAACCCGCACUUCCCCCAGAACCGUGCCUCGGGUCAUCCGACCACCUCGGUCGACUAUGUGGCGAAGCCCGACUACGCGUUCACGUUCGGCGUGCAGGACCCGGAGACCGGAAACGCACAACUGCGGAAGGAGGCAAGAGACGGGGACAGUGUGAGGGGAGAGUACAGUGUAAUGGAGCCUGACGGUACUUUGCGUACUGUGGUGUACAGUGCUGAUCCUGUACACGGCUUCCAGGCUAGCGUCAAGUACGGGCCUUCAGGGUUGCCACCACCCCCGCCACCCACACCGCCACCAACCUCCGGUUACACGGGCACCCAGCAGCCCCGUCACCGCCCCCGCCCCAGGCCGCUUUACCGCGCCUAUGAGGACGAGGAAGCCGAGUACUAGUGAUAAGCGUCCUAUCAUCGCUCUUAUCUCUUCAAACCAUAAAUACAAUGUAUCUUUCUCUGUGAAACUAAGUUGCGAUCUUAUGUUACUCCUCUAUUAAGAUGGAGUUCGUCAAGAAUUUCCAAAACACAUGUUACCAUGUACUAUAUUUUGUUGUAAUGUUAUUCUUUUAUAUGUGAUACUUAGACUUAGGUUUAAGAAGAAUAUGGUGCUCAGAUAAUUAUGAUUCAUGUUAAAUAUGUUCAUACUUAACAUAAAGGGUUAGUACAAAAUUUAGGAUUAGUAUUCGUACUGUAGUAGCAUUGUACUGGUAGUACAGUAACGAUAUGUUCACUUAUAUGUUAAUCCGUGGCUUACUAACAAUCUAACAGCACAUCUCCCUAGUUUAUCAUUUAUAAAAUAACUAUCACUUAUCAAUAUUAAGAGCUAUGUGUAUAUUUAAGAAUAUUUAGAUGUGUAAAAUAAAACAAUAUUAGACUA